UCAUUACCUUAAAAUUGGUAUCAGGAUACUCGAUCUGUGGGGGCUAUUGCAGGGCUCGCUGUUGCUAUAGUUUUUACUUGGAGGCUGUUUAGGUCACCCAGUGGAAGUCAACAAAGACAGCCAAAACGCCAAGCUCCUCCAACUAGUAGUUCAGUUGUUAGUGCUCAAUCGAAUUCAACAUUGACUCCUCCUGGAGUUUGUUCAUCUUCUGAUGAUCUGAGAGCACAAAAUGUCGUUGACGAAUUCUUCCAGCCAGUAAAGCCAACUUUGGGGCAGAUAGUUAGACAGAAAUUGAGUGAAGGAAGAAAGGUCACGUGUCGUUUGCUUGGAGUUAUCCUUGAGGAAACUACUCCAGAGGAGCUUCAGAAACAAGCUACUGUGAGGUCUUCUGUUCUGGAAGUGCUGUUGGAGAUAGCAAAAUUUUGUGAUCUUUAUCUUAUGGAAAGAGUACUUGAUGAUGAGAGUGAACAAAAGGUUCUUGCAGCAUUAGAAAAUGCAGGGGUUUUCACAUCUGGUGGUUUAGUCAAAGACAAGGUUCUCUUUUGUAGCAUGGAAAAUGGACGAUCAUCUUUUGUCCGGCAGCUAGAACCAGAUUGGCAUAUUGACACAAAUCCCGAAAUUGUUUCUCAGUUAGCUAGGUUUAUCAAAUAUCAGCUUCACAUUUCUCCUAUUAGACCCGAACGAACUGCUGCAAAUGUGUUUAGUGCUCCAUCCUUGGAACAGUUCUUUGGAUGUGUUUGAUGCUUCACCACUAAAACAUCUGGAGUAUAAACCUAAAAUAGAUUGUUCUUUGUGUUAAAAAAGAAAAACUGAUUACAGCGCAAUGUUCUUUAGAAACUCUUCGCCAGUUGUUAAUUUUCGGUGAGAAGUGACCACAAAUUCCUUCUAAUUUUGUUUGAAAUUUGUGCAUUAGAUUGGUCA